AUGCUACUGCUGGAGACCUGCAGCUUUUUGGUGAUGAACCAACAUCUCCCAGACAGAUUUGUUUGCUACUUGAGCCCCUCGGCAGUGAGCAACCUGAGCAGAGAUGAUGCUUUGAGCUUGGCCCAGAGGAUCAGUAAGAACUGCCCAUUGAACCUGACACACAGAGGAAUAACUAGAGAGAGAGCUCCCUCCUCCCUGACAACAGAGGAACUGCAGGUUGCAUCCUCUUUGGUGAGAAAGUUUGAGCAUUUCCCUCCUGCAAUCCUGCAUGCGUUGGGCCAGGCUGCAGUUGGGCUGUCCAUAUCCGACAUCGAAAAUGGCAUCAGUGAUAAAGACCUUGAAGCAUCUAUUCCUGCCCUGGGUGAAGUUCGCGGCUGGAACGCUGAGCAGUCCAGCACUAUUAUCAACAAACUGCUCAGCUCCGGCUAUCAGAUCCUGGACGGACAGAGCCUGGCAAAGCUAGGGAGCUUGGUGGCUGGCCUCAACAGCAGCACGCUUCGAAGUCUGUCUCCAGAAGUGAUCUUGGAAGCCAUUAAGUUGCCUGAGUUUGUUCAGCAAAUGGUGACCCUGCCCUCUGCUCUGAAAAGGACAUUUGUGGAAAAGGCUGCCAUGUUUUUCAGUGAUGUGAUAAAGACAGAGCCUGACUUCAGCAGGCUUUCCCAGUCAGUCCUCCAAGGCUUCACAUGUGCAGCUGCCAAUGAGAUGGAAGCAGAAAGAUUUCAGGAGCUGGCCAAAGUCAUGAAGAAGAAGAAUGUCAAGCUAGAAGAAGACCAGCUGAGUUGCUUAGUGAAGAUGGUGACGCUGCAUGGGAUUCCCAAGGAUUUAGAUAGCUAUCCUAAAGACCUGUUGCUGUUUUUAAGGCAGAUAACAGAGAAGGUUCUUAACGAUGACUUGAUGCCUAUUUGGUACACACCUGGGGAGUUACGUGCUUGCCUGAAGAACGUCUCUCUGGAGAAUCACCUCUCUCAGAUACUGACCUACUCCUUCACUACUCAGCAAUUAGCUGUGCUGAAGACGAAUCUGGAUGAGACGUAUCCUGAUGGGUAUCCUGAAAGGCUGAUCCCCAAACUGGGCCCUCUCCUUUCUUUCAUCACCCUUGAGGACAUUUCCAGAUGGAAGAUAACUUCAGCUGACACACUGGCUGCCUUGCUAAAAGAUCAGCCCCCUGAUGAUCAGGCUUCUGCAAUAAUUAAACGAUAUAUUGGCUUGGGAAAUGCCUUGAAUGUCACUGCACUGAAUGCAAUUGGUAUGAAAUACGUGUGCCUUCUCAAUGCAAAUGAGUUGAAUGCGAUAGACUCCAACAGCUUGAAACUGGCAUCUCUGAAUCUUUCAGCCUGUUCACAGCUUGCGAAAGACAUCUUAUAUGCUAAAGCAAAACGUGCUUUCUCAGACGAGGACUAUUUACCUGCUUAUUAUGGGCUUAUUGAACCAUAUCUAGGGGGUGCUCCUGGUGCGGAUCUCAGAGAUCUAAGCAAGGACAAUGUGAACAUGAAAGUUAGUACUUUGGCGAAGUUAAGGACAGACUCUUUGAUGAGCCUGACACCUUCUGAGGUUCAGGGCUUGCUGGGGAUGAAUCUUGGAGAUCUGGAGAAAUGGCAGAACAAGUUUCCCAUCCGGGAGUGGGUCCAAAGGCAGAAACAAUCAGAACUGGAUAAACUGCAUGUUGGGCUUACUGGGGGAACACAAGAAGGCUACAUGAACAUCGUCAUACCCAAAUUUCAGUCACCAUCCUCAGCCCCUCUGGGUACUGUGGCCAUGACACUCCACCUCUUGCCUGCUCUGCUUAUCAGUUUCCUGAUGAUGUCGGUCUUGUCUUGA